GAUGUUUUGACAGCUCUUUUGGUUAUUCCGCACCGGCUCGUUUUUAUGCAUUGUUAAAAUAUAUUAUAUAAGUAUGAUGCGGAGCUUUAUUAAUCAAUUUCUGGGUCUCCGGCUCAGUGGCAAUUGCAGUGUUUUGGUUACGCAGGUGCGCGAUAAGGGCCAUUUGAGCAGACCUCGACUGCGGAAUCCCCAAUGGUUUCUGCGCAAGGAAAUCACAAAAUACAACGACUUGAUGACGGCGGAGAACAAGCAGUUCGUCAACGAAGUGGGCACCAAUAACUUUGGCGUUCCGGCAGUUAUCAAGGAUAGUUUGGUCAGGACCGAAGCCCCAACCGCCAAUGAGGCUGUGUGGACUCCGAAUUUGCGAAGAUGCGGCGUUAUAGCGCGCAAAAUUGGCCAGUACCCGCUGUGGCUAAAGAAUGGCGAGAGGAUUCGCACCACGCUGCUGCAAAUCGCCGACAACCAUGUCAUUAAAUACAUUCCUCCGGAAGAGUAUUUACCUGCCCAAGUUCCCAAGGUAGCCAAUCUGCACAAGCGCGGCUGCAUUCUCGUUGGCUCAGAGACCACGAACCCAGCUCUGUUGACCAAAGAGUACGCGGGCAUCUUCCGAAACUCGGGUGUGCUCCCCAAGAAGAAUCUGGCCCGCUUCAUCGUCUCUCCAGAGGCCCAACUGGCGCCAGGCACUCCACUAAAUGUCAACCACUUUCGCAUUGGUGACUUCGUCGAUGUUCGCGGAAAAACAGUUGACCAUGGCUUCCAGGGUGUUGUCAAGCGACACGGAUUCAAGGGCAUGCCAGCAUCGCACGGUGUGACAAAAACACAUCGACGUGCCGGCAACAUUGGGGGUGGUGGCGAGAAGGGUCGCGUCUGGCCAGGCACAAAGAUGCCGGGACAUAUGGGAAACCGGUGGCGCAUCAUCAAGGGCCUGCGCGUGUGGCGCAUUAACACCAAGUACAAUGUUAUGUGGGUGCAAGGCAGCUCAGUGGCCGGCCCCACCGGCGGUCUGGUCUACAUAUACGAUACCAUCUUGCCAUUCCGAAAGAAUAAGGAAGCUCCGCCGUUCCCAACGUUUUACGGCGAGCCGCAGCAAGAUGUGGAUGAUUUGUGGUACGAACAGUUGCACAACUUCAAAAGCGAGUCGAUAACGUAUGAAAACGAAUAACUUUAGUGCUUAAGGUAUUAUAGAAACCUAAUUGUUUGUUUUGAAAUAAAAAAAAAUAACUAAUUUUA